UGGUGAGUCAUAGGGGUGGAGUUUCAUUAAAUUACAAGUUGAUGCCUAUUUCCUGUAUUUCAAAACUGCUGAAGAGUCUGCUGCUCCUUCAUCAGAAGCUCACUUUGGAACUGUCGACAGCAGAUUCAUAUAAAGAUGGCAGCAGUAACAAGUAGAGGAAUACCUUUAAGCUCGAUCUGUCCAUGGCACCUGCACGCAAACUCCACUAGCCACACCUGGCCAUUCAGUGCUAUAGCAGAACUGAUCGACAAUGCUUAUGACCCAGAUGUCGGUGCAAAACAACUCUGGAUUGAUAAAUCAGUGAUCAAAGACCAGGACUGCCUCAUCUUCAUGGAUAAUGGAAAUGGCAUGGACUAUGACAAGAUGCACAAAAUGCUCAGUUUUGGCUUCAGUGAUAAGCAGACAGUAAAUGAACAUGUUCCAGUGGGUCGUUAUGGUAACGGUUUUAAGUCGGGCUCCAUGCGCUUGGGGAAGGAUGCCAUUGUGUUCUCAAAGAAAGCCGACACCAUGUGUGUGGGUCUCCUGUCACAGACUUACCUCGAGGAUACAGGAGCACAAAAUGUCAUGGUGCCUACUGUCACAUUUACCAACACCGGACAGACUGUCAGUGCUUCACCGGAGCAUGCAGAGUGUCUUCAUGAUAUCCUGACACAUUCUCUGUUUAACACCAAGGAAGAACUGCUGUCUGAGUUCAGUGUCAUUGACAGGUUGUGCACCAAGUCAAGUGGAACCCGCAUAAUUAUCUGGAACCUACGCAGAACACCUUCAGAAGAAUUAGAAUUUGAUUUCACGAAGAACCCUUAUGACAUCCGGAUCCCUGUUGAUGUGUACGGGAGAACCGGGGAGAUAAACAAGCGGCAGGCAGCAGGUGGCGUGUCAGUGCCUGAGAGUGAAUAUUCACUGCGGGCAUACUGCAGUAUCCUGUACAUGAAGCCAAGAAUGCAGAUUAUCAUUCAAGGGCUGAAGGUGGAAACUCAGUUGAUCACUAAAACUUUAGCAAACGUCUUGACAGACACAUACAAACCUGAUUCUGUUAAUAAGGCAAUAACAAUCACAUUUGGCUAUAACACCAAGAGCAAAGAGCACUACGGAUUGAUGAUGUACCACAACAACCGUCUCAUCAAAGCUUAUGAGCGUGUCGCCUGUCAGCGCAAGUACCAGGCCGACAGAAGAGCAGUGGGAGUUAUCGGGGUGAUAGAGUGUAACCACCUCACACCAACUCACAACAAGCAAGGCUUUGAUGAUACUGAAGACUACAGGAAAACCUUAAAGAAUGUAGGUAAUAAGCUCAAGGAAUAUUGGAAGCAACAGGUAUAUGUACAUGAGCUUAAACCUAACUGCACGGAAUCUUUUGAGGAUACUGUGAAGCAACCAGAUCAAAACUGUAUUCAGUGUGAUAAUUGUCUGAAGUGGCGAAAACUUCCAGAUGGCAUUGAUCCUAAAAAGCUCCCUAAGAAGUGGUUCUGCCACAUGAACUCUGACCCGCAAUUCAGGAGUUGUACAGUUGAAGAAGAGCCUGAAGUUUAUGAUGAUGAACAACCCAGAAACCAGAAAAGCUACAAACAACAUGAGCGAAACCAGAAGUUGCAGCAGGAGAACAGGAAGCAGAGCUCUUUUACUCCCUUGUCACCUGAUGAUACUUCAGCUGACGCUUGUCUCUUCACUACUCGUAAAAGGAAGAAGAAGGCCCUGGACGCGAGUCCAAACAAUCCAGAGAAGAAAUCUAGACAAAAAUGUUUUGACAAAAACAUACCAGAUUCCAUUAUGAGCCCUGCUAGUGAUGCCAAUAAAGUGGAAUGUAAAGACAUUAAAACAGCACUGAAGGAUGAUGGUGAUGAUGUGAUUGACAAAAGCAUGAUAAAGAAGGAGCAGAGCAAUAAAAUCACAAAGGCCAGCUUUGAAGAUCAGCAAAAGUACUCAUAUAUCAUGGACACAAUAAGGCAGCUCCAAGAUAAGCUGAUACAGUUUAAAAAAGUGCUCAAGACAGAGGAGCACGGAGUGGACACAUUUUCGAACUACUGUGAGAGCCUGCACAAAGAUUUAGAGGAAAUGAAGACAGAAAUUGAAAAGGUGGAGGUAAGUGCGAAAGAUCAUGGACCUUCAACAGAAACCUCCAACCCAGGAAGAGGAAAAGACUCACAGUUUCGGACAUGGAAGGAUGAGACACAGUACAGAUCAGGGAGAGAGAGAGGACACAGAGAUAAUAAAAUGCAUUCACCCCUCAUGUUAAGAGAACUCAGACAAAGAGUGACACGUCUCCUGGUCACCUUCGUCCCUGCUCUGGACCUUGAGCAGGUCAUUGAAAAGAUUCUCGCUCAGGUUGUAGAUGUGAUCUCCCCUACAGAGGCAGCUGUAUUGACCAAAGAAGUAGAAGUUCAUGAGGAACAUUUAUCAUCUGGAGAAGACAAUCGCUCAAAAUCUACACAGCACUCUCACACCAGAGAUAUAAGAUUUGCUAGUGAGGACACUGAGGAUACAAACUCUCCCAAGCACUCAGUAGUCAGAGAUGCACUGAUUCCUGAAUUAGAACACUGUGCUGACAGUGGUGCAUACAGGUUUUUGUGCUCUCAUGCUGGUCAGUUUCACUGUAAAUUGACUAACCUUGUCUUUGAGAUGAAAGGGAAUGGGGAAGUGCUGUACACAAUAGUGUCCUGGGAUUACAGUCAGUGGCAGGGCAUCGGCCAAUUCCAGCCUGCAGGACCCCUGUACAACAUCAAAUGUGCUGAAGGUUCAAUUCUUUAUCUGCACCUCCCACACUGCGAGAUACAGACUGUUCCUUGCAGCAUUGAUUAUGGUCCUGAUGAAAAUCAGGUUGGACUGUUUGUGGCACAUUUCAGUGAUGAUAAUGUGGAGAUCAUUCAGCCCCUGAAAGUAACAAAUACACACGUGAUCUUCAAAGUCCAAGGUCUCUCCCUCUUUGGCUUGUUAAAAAAAUGGAUCUUCUUUGAAAAACCCAUCAGUGCCCAAGUCCUUCUCUUCUACAAAGAAAUGAUUGGAAACCAAAGAAGGAGAAAACUGCACAUUCACUUGUUGCCAGGAAAUGUGCCAGUUGAAGAGGUGCAGAAAGUAAAUCAGUGCAACACGUACAUUCAGUGCAGCUCCAUAUGUCAACUGACCCGUGGUAAAAAAUACAGACCACUCUGUGAGCCUUAUGUAUCCCAGCCAAAGGUUGAGACAUUUGGCUUUGACUAUGGCCCUAACUAUCACCCCACAUUUGAGGUGAUCCUUAAUACCGGGGCUGAAGACCUCACAUUGGGUCUUUUGGAUGAAUUUGGCCAGGAGGUGUGGGAGCCUCGUCAGAUCUUUCUUACAGCUGAUAGUACAGAAGCAGUUCCAGUCGAAAUGGAUACAAUUUCAAGACGCUUCCUGUAUGAAGAAAUUAAUGGGCUGCAGUAUUCAGCAAUCGAGAGUUUCCUUUGCUGUAUGCUUUGGAUCGUUGUCCUGCUGGAAGAUCCACCACAUCUCAUCUUCAUCAUCCUGGUGGAUGGCAGCAGAUUCUCCUCAAGAAUCUCCUGUAAUGGAGUCUUGCGCGGUGAGCAUGAGCAGUGGAGUGCAUUGCCUAUUGUUUUCUCUGUGACGAUGAUACCUGCUGCCUCCAAGUGUUUCUGGAGCUCUUUCUGAGUGGUCCUUGACUCUUGGGCUACUCUUCUGACUAUUCAGCAGAAGGCAACAAGAAGAAUGGCUAACGUUAUGGAUGAGAGAGGGGGAGUUAGCGAUGUCGACAUGACUGAGAAUAGAGACAUUCCUGAUCACCCAUGGCCAUAUAUGAGGGAGAUGUUAGAAAUUGUCAGUGUCAAAAACGAUUCCUGGUGAAUGCGUUGUGAAUUGUGUCAACCAAAAAGCACGAAGUGCUGGCUUUUAAGAAUUCGCCCUUGAAUUUGAGAAAGCUCAUACAGGUAAAUGACAUGUUUUAUUGUUAUCUCUUUCUUGUCAUGAGCCAAUUCAUUGUUUUCAGUAAUAAUAGUCUAUUUACUAUGUUUGCUAGGGCUGUAACGUUAAACAUAAAUUCAUAUGGGUGCUUUAGUGCAGCUCAACUUUAGUGCAGCACAUGUGUUUGCUAACGUUAGCAUUAACACACACACACACACACACACACACACACACACACACACACACACACACACUAUUCUUUCUUCUUUCUUCAGUAAUAAGCUGUCACCUGAAACCUAACAGGUUUAGUCAGAUAGUUUCCACAUGCUGUAGAGCUGUAAUUUUCUUUCUCUUUACAUUUCAAUAAAAUGUACAGUAUAACACCUCAAUGUUGUCAUUUUUAAAGCAUUAUAGUAAUUUUGAGUUGUUUGAGGUGAUGGCAUUUUUUUUCCCGUCAGCUUAGUGUUUUCUCUGCUUGUGUUCUACAUGGUGGUUGUUCAGCCUGGAUAGAUUCAUUAGCUAUCAAAAUUUGAAAUGUAUUUUUUUGUAUUAAUGUGUUAAUAUAAUGUGAGGCCCAGUUAUCAGUGUGACACUAAAACAGGUAUUAGUAAUGGCUACUUUUUACUUAAGUAUAUGUCAGAGUCCAUAUUUCUUUACUUUAAC